GAGCUCUGGCCUUGUUGAUCUAGGGCAAGGGUUUGCGAGAGAAGAGCGACAUGGGGGGCGGUGGAAAGGCGCUGGGAGCGAAUCCAGGGAUCGUGGCAGUGCGACUGCGAGAGGUGGUCUACACGCUGUCCCCGAAUCACCUCAAGAUAAUGCCGGGGCUGUGGAAGGAUCUCCCGGAGAAGAUCAAGCACAAGCUUGAGAACUGGCACUAUGGCGUGCUCGUCGCCGUGGGAUUCUACGGCCCCGUGUGGUUUUGCAAGCACUCCGUGCAUCAGAGGGAGCUCUCUCACCGCGACUAGGAUUGGAAUUUGGCUGGAAAAUUUGGAAGAAGGUACUCUUUCUUUUGGCAAUAAAAGGAGAGCUUUUGGACAAUAGAACAAUUUGGAACUUUGCCAAACUU